UGUGGUACAUCAAAAAGAUGAUUAAACAGCAUGAUCAUCACACAGUUGCACCUUGUGCUAGGGACAAUAAAAGGCCACUCUAAAAUGUGCUGUUUUGUCACACAACACAAUACUACAGAUGUCUGAUGUUUUGAGAGAGCGUGCAAUUGGCAUGCUGACUGCAGGAAUGUCCACCAGAGCCGUUGCCAGAUAAUUAAAUGUUAAUUUCUCUACCGUAAGCCACCUCCAACUUUGUUUUCGAGAAUUUGGCAAUACGUCCAACCGGCCUCAUAACUGCAAACCCCGUGUAACCACACCAGCCCACGACCUCCACAUCCGGCUUCUUCACCUGUGGGAUCAUCUGACUGGCUGACUACACCGCUCGUGUCGCAUGUGUGAGCGUUGUAAAAUACAUUUAGAAAUCUAUAUUAUAGCAAUAUUUUGGAAAUGAUUUAAUUUUCAAAUAACUGAAAGUGAAAGGUUGUAAUCUAAAUAAAGGGAACAAGGCCAUUUUUUAACACGGGGUUCGUCAUUCUUACUAAUCUGCUGGAAAACCAUUUAGGACUUAAGUACAACUUUUGUAUGACAGAAUAUAAUAUUUUAGUAAGAGGUUCAAUGCUUUAAUAUUUAGUCAUUUCAGCCCUCCCUAUUCAUUAUAUAAAUAGGCCCGUUUAAUUUUGUCUGGUUUGCCGUUCCAAAUAAAGUGAAAUAUUUUUUGCUCUAUAAUUGGGAAAAAAACACAAUUUGCUUGGUCUAGGUAGGGCCAUAAGUAGAUAGGUAAACUGGGAUAUGAUUAAAUAAUGAAUCAGCCUUGAUUCUUGUUUUGACAGUUUGGAGGAAUAUGUCUCACAUUGUAUCUGUGUAGCAAUAAAAGAUGUGAUCUAAAGAACAGAACAGCAAGACCUAGUGAAUGCAACAGCGCAACAGGUGUGUGGGUUUGUCUUGGUUCAUGUGUGCAAGCAUUUGUGGUUGUGUGUGUGUACAGAACACGUUUCUUUGCACCUAUACUAAACAGGCUAAGAGAGAUUAGGAUAUUUACAUACCAUCUCCUCUUACUUCCUUUCACAUAGAGAUUUGAUACUAGAGAGCUGAGUAACACCCCCACACUCCUACAUCAGGAUACACCUUUACCCUCUAAUUUCUGUCUCUCUCUCUUUCUUCUUCUCUCUCUUUCCUUUUCUCUCUCUGGACAUCCUGCCUAACACCCACUCUGCCCGGCAUGUGGAACUCCACGGCUGUGGCCUUUAACCCAACCCCUGACCAGGCGAAACCAGAAGCCAUGACACAACCCAUGCCAACCAGUCUGAGUGAAACAGCAGACAUGAUAACCCCUGUUGUUUGCGACGUGGAUGAUGGAUACUUUGAUGCCAUACUAGGAGCUGUCAUUGCUGCUGUGGUCCUGGUGCUUCUUUGCUUGGCAGUGGUAGUGAUUCGCUACAUGUACCGGCACAAAGGCACCUACCACACCAAUGAGGCCAAGGGCACUGAGUUUGCCGAAACAGCGGAUGCGGCACUUCGAGGCGACCCGGCUCUGCAGGAUGCCAUGGACGAGAGCAAGAAGGAGUACUUCAUCUGAUCUCAGGAGCGGCACCCCCUGCUGUUUACAAUGAACUUGGUCUGCCAAAAUAAGUGUAUUUUGGGGUUGGAGGAUAGAAAAGCUUGGAGAGGGGGUGAAAAUUGCCUCGCCAUACUGAGGCUCAGAGUGACUGUUCAGACAAUCUACCAAAGAAACAUCAGAUGCAUCUUACAAUAAUAUCAAUUCAGUAUUCUUUCCCCUAUCUGUUUCUCUCUCCAAUAUAUUUGGCAUAUCACCAAGCAUAUAUACUUUUCAAAACACUGACUUUGCUAUUAGGAGGCUAUAUUUUUGUCAUGCAGAAGUGGGGAACAGUGAGAAAAAACACCUUUGCCAUCUGUGGAAAAAGCAAGAGUAUUCCUAGAACACAGAGUUGUAAGUAAUGGACCCUUCUCAAAAACGUUUAUGAUGAAACUCAAGGAAGUGAAUGGAUGUAGAAUUUCUCUACAAGCUCACAAAACAAACUCUAUUUUCUAAUGGUAUUGAACCCAAAGCAAAAUCAAUUUUGUAAUGAAGAAACCUCUCAAUAAAUAGUAGGAGGAAAACAUGGAACAAAUGAUGUCGAAGGAAGUGACUUUUACUGUACGAAAUGAAUCACCAAUGGGCCCUUACCAAAAUCCUGAAUGUGUCUGGUUGCUCCCGGAAUUACUUUUCAAGAACCUUUUGUUUGGAUUGAGAUUGUCAAUUUGUGAGUGUUCAAGGGAAUGCCUUUAGCAAUGGUUAAUAACUAGUUAAUUACAGAUCCAAAGAGAUAAAGUGAGAGCUGAACAACCUAAAUCUGCAGGAAGACCUUGCCGGAUGAGGUUAGUUGUGAAUACCAAAGUGAUGCUCUGUCUUAGACGGGGAGGAUCAGGGUUCAAACAGGUUCCUAAUGACAUGUUCUCACUAGUAGCCGAAAAUCAAUUCCAAGUAUAUUGACAUGCUAUUUGGAUAGCCACAGAAAACCAAACAUAUUGUGGUCUUCCCAUCCUGAUUUGGGCUUAAUGAAUUACACUAACUAAAAGUAUUGUGCGGUUUGUGUCCAUAACAUUUUUAGCAUGAACAUUAUAGACCUGACAUUUUUUGGAUUGAUGCAGAAAUCAAUGAUGACUUUGUGAGCACCAGAGGUUCCUGUAUAAAUGUCUAAUGUAACCAUAUUUGUAGAACUAUUUGUGGGUCUAUUUCUUGGAACACUGUAAUGAUGCUUUUUAAAUUGCCUUGCUAAGGAAAAAUAUUGAAGUACAACUCAUUCAGCUGUAACUGCACUGCCUCAGUAAAACAACAACUGCAAUCAUUGGAUAUUGUUUGUGAUGUUCCGCCAGGAUGAUACUAGACAAAAAUGAGAACACCCAAGGAUUUUUUUUUGUCAAUUAAUUUGAUUGUGGUGGAAAUGGCAACUGAAAAUAAGCCCCCCCCCCAUGCUCCAAAUCUCGUUUCAAUUCCCCAAACCCUUUUUCUCUUCUCUGCUGGCUUUGAUUAAUGUGAACUUUUCUUUGUCUCCAUGAUUGCCAAGUUCUAAAAGAAUAGAAAGGACCGUUUUCUUGAUUCAAAAAAGAAGGCUUGUUAGAAGGGACAAUGCAAGAUGGCUCCUCUGCAAAUUAUGCUUUGAUAACUAGUGCUGAUGCAAACAAGUAUGAGACACAUACGCAGCAAUGGAAUUAUUCACUCUCCUGAGGGCGGACACUUUGCUUUUAGAUCACACCUUAAAUGUAGUGUAAGACAAUUGCUACCAAAUGUAUUUAAUCUCUGCUGAAGACAACAAAAUUCUCUCCAGCUUGUAAUUUCCUAACACAAGAUAAAAAUGAGAAGACUUGUAGUAAGAGGAUGCAUGGCUAUGCCAAGGCAUAGCACUUAACAGAAGCUGUUCCAGAACUGAAGAUACCUUGAUCCCGGGAUUGUGCAUCAUUUGUUUGCUUUUGGCCCUCUUUGCAAUACUGCAUGUCAUUGACUUUCGCUAUAAGUGUAUUUCAUACAUUAAUAGCAGCUUUCAAACUGAGAGCUCUCUGUAACUAAAGUUCAUUUUUGUUUUUUCAUUCUUAACUGACAGGAGACCACUGACAUUGAGAAACAGAGAGGAAAGAUCUGAGUUAGCCUCAGCGGCAGUAAGAAAUACAACUUUACUCUCUGUUUCUUUUGCACUGUGGGAUUACCAGAUUCAAGUGGCAGGAGUUUACUCUUUACGUCCCCUUCACCUUGAAUGUUUUCUCUGUUGAAUUAUUCAUGUUCACGCAUUAUUUUGAAGCUCAAAUGUUUUAUUUAUUUCCACGAGGUAAAUCCAACUAAAAGCAAAUAAAAGGCAUUCUAAGUCAACUGUA